AUGGAGUUGGGCACAUCCAGAAGGGAACCUCUUCUGGAGACCCCAGAGGCGGAGUCUCCUGGUCUGCUGAAUGACCUGACCCAGCUGGAUAACUCUGCCCACACAGUCCUCACCAGAGAUGUCGGACAGCUGACGCCCCGCCUCGUCCUGGACAGAAACUCCAAUCAGGAUGUUUAUCCCGCGUCCCUACAGGAAGUCCAAGACGCCCUAAACAACCUCAAUAGCUCCUCCCCUUCUCUGAGUGGAGCAGGUUUAGACCAGAACCUGAACCUGAGGUUGAUCUCAAGACCUGGAGAAGGAGAUGGUCUCUCCCCGUCCCCUCUGCCCCAGCCCCGCGCCCUACGCCCUGCCUCGCUCCCUGUCCACAACUUCCCUGACCCCGCCGAGGUUGAUGACCUUUCUCCUAUCACCUAUGACCCCAACGGCAACAUGAACUCUGACCCCAACAGCCUGACCCCUGAACUGGACAGACCGGACUCAGACAGACAGUCACCUAGGAUGAGCGCGGACAUCAUGAAGUCCUGUAAAGUGAAGAAGCUGGACAACCAGACUCCAUUACAGAACACCAGCGGAGAGGACAACGACCAUCGCAAAGGUCAUGCUACAGACGAGGAGAAGCUAGCCAGCACGACAGGACUCAGAGCAGAUAGAGACCACAACGAGCCAGAGCUGAAUGUGUCAGCCAGACCAGAGUCAGACUGCUGUUCUAUGUAUGAGGACCCCUGCCAGCUGAAGAACGCCAAGCUGGGAGGAAGUAACACGCAGAAGAAGACAGGAAGUGAGGUUCUAGACUCCAUUUGCAUCAGCGAGGAGGAGAAAAUGGCUGUUCUCACCCUUAUCAGAGAGGAGAUCAUCACUAAGGAGACGGAGGCCAGUGACUGGAGGAGAAAGUACGAGGACAGCAGACAGGAAGUCAUGGAGAUGAGGAAGAUUGUGGCAGAGUAUGAGAAGACCAUCGCCCAGAUGAUUGAGGACGAACAGCGCAACACCAUGAGCGCCCAGAAGUCUUUGCAGGCUGUAACCAUGGAGAAGGAGUUGGCGCUAGCCGACCUGAACUCGGUAGAGCGCUCGCUGUCCGACAUGUUCCGCCGCUACGAGAACAUGAAGAGCACCCUGGACGGCUUCAAGAAGAAUGAGGAGGUGUUGAAGAAGUGUGCUCAGGAGUAUCUGGCCAGAGUCAAGCAGGAGGAGCAGAGAUACCAGACGCUCAAACUCCACGCUGAGGAAAAACUAGACAAGGCUAAUCAGGACAUAUCCCAGGUACGCAGCAAGGCCAGCUCUGAGAGUGUUGCUCUGACRGCCAGCCUGAGGAAGGAGCAGAUGAGGGUGGACUCUCUGGAGAGAGCCCUGCAGCAGAAGGCCGAGGAAAUCGAGGAGCUCACCAAGAUCUGUGACGAGCUCAUCGCCAAGAUGGGCAGAACAGACUGAGACAGAUUCCAUACGUCCAAAUCAUUCAAUCUUGAUCCGCCGAGAAAUCCCUGCCUACAACCUAUGGCAUACUCUGCCCUGUGCAUGCGUCCAGCCAAUGAGCAGUUCUGUUUUCCCUUGGGGCGCCUGCCCCUAAUGCUGCUGUACAGGUCCGAUGUCAUAUGAUAACCCAUUUUCUCUUGAGUAGUGCACCCUAUGGAUCGCCAUAGGGUGUCAUAUGAGCUAGAGAUUGUUACAUGUGGACUGUUUUUGUUUUGGUCAUUUUUGCCAUGAAAGACCAAAUCCCUUACUCCCUCCAUCUGUCUGUCCUGUAACACAAAUAUAAUAGAAUGUGCUGUCUAGGCAGUGCAUAGAUUUGGGCUUAUUUACCUGACGAUACCAUUUUUGUAGAGCAUUUAUUAAUAGAUUGUGUAUAUAAACACCCUGGCUGAGAUGUACUGUACAUAUUUAUUCUGAACACUAGGAGACUAGGGUGGGACCAGGUAGACACUCUCUAGGCUCUAGGACAGUUAGAGGUCAGGGUUGAGCUGUGUUUGACCCUUCUGUAUGACUGCACUAUUACAGGGAGCGGGGAUAUGGACAUAGGGUUAGGAUGCACUGCUAUUGAUAGCGGUCAUGUGGGGGGUUGUCCUGGAAAGUAUAAAGCUUUUCUCCUGUCCCUAAUAUGAGGCCUUGUGUUGGCAGUGGAAGAGGAGCUGUAGGUCUACUGUAUAGUCUGCUCUGUGUGGUCUUGGACAGGUUUAGAUAACCUCCAGCAUAACUGCACAGGGGAGGAUUUCUCACGGUCCUAAACUCCACCUGGUUAGUGUUUGUCUCAGGCCAGUGUGUUUGAGUAACUGAGUAUUCUACUCUGCUCCAUCUGGAAAUGGUUAAUUUAAUACCAAGACUAUAUAUUUUGUUUAUGUACAAACAUACUGUAAACUGGAAGAGUGUUUUAAUGACUGUGGCUGUUAUCUUUGGUUCAGAAUAAAAAAUGCUCAGAAUAUCCUGCUCAUGUUCCCCUCUGGCCACUGACAUGCACUGUAGUGUCCAGGUGUGAAACGUUAUGACAUGGAGGUAGAGAGAACUGUUCCAGGAUUACUUGAGCUCCCAUUGACCCCGGUCCAAUGUAGUGCACUAUAUAGGGAAUAGGGUGCCCUUUGGGACGCACCCAGUGUGUUUUACUGCAGCACCUAUUUAGUGGCAUAGAAAGAUAACGUUUCUCUUAUUCACUGCUGAACUGGUUAAAUACUCUUCUUCACCCCUGUGGAGUCACACCGCCUCACAGUACUAGUUCCCUCUCCGCCAUACCGCUCUGUGGACGCCAUAGUUAAACAAGAUGCAUUAUAAACUGGGUGGUUCCAGCCCUGAAUGCUGAUUCGUUGACAGCUGUCUCUAUCAUGCACAUUUUUGCGCCAUUCUGCAGUUGCGUUACCUCCAGCUUCACUGACGGUUUCGUUAAACAAUUUUUUUUUUUUUUUAAACGUUAUGUAUGUCACCGACGAUCCCUUCUUUGAAUUGUCAUUAUUUGUGAAGUGGUUAUAAGAAAAGUACAGCUAUACUGACUAUGUUGACUAAUAUGGUAUAUGCAGUGUGUCUUGAGUAAACAAGAUUGCAGUAAUAAAGAAGUGUGUUCUCAUGG